AUGGCUGAUGCAGAGCUUGCUAAGGCCCUGAAAGACCUACCGAAUCGAGUGCUAAAUGUUCCCGUAGAUGAGCGACCGGAGCUGUUCCGCAAUGUGAUUGCGGUAUUGCCGAACCCAGGUAUUAAUGCCACCAUCGUGCGAGGUAUCUGCAAAGUGAUCGGCACAACACUCACCAAGUACAAGGAUCCCGAAUCACAAACAUUAGUGAAGGAGCUGCUGGUGGCGGUACUGAAACACCAUCCAGAUCUGGCGUACGAACACUUUAAUGCCGUGCUAAAGGCCCUCCACACGAAAGAUCUGGCGUCGGCUCCACCAUUAAAAGGUGCCCAGGCCGCGGUACUGGCGCUAGGAUGGGCAAAUACGGUCGCCUUGCAUGCGGACCACAUGUCGGCCACCGGAAAGAAGGAGUUUCCGAAGCUACUCGAGGUGCAGGCGGGCCUAUACCAGCUGGCCCUUACCUCCGGGGUACAGAAAAUUUCCGACAAAGCGUUUAGCUUUCUGUGCCACUUUUUCGAUCAAAAGAACGGCCUCGAACGAACCUACUUCGAUCGGCUGAUAGCGCUGGAACCGUCUAGCGGAGUGAUCGUGAUGCUGUGCGCGAUUUUGAGGUACACCCAACAGCGGCAGCAGGACUCGAUUUCACUCCUGGAGCAGCACAAAACGAAACUCCUCGACCACGUGGUGAAGGGUUUGGUCACGGUCAAGACGAAACCGCACGCCAGUGAUAUUGUCGGGUGCGCCCCACUGUUGAAGGCGAUCACGACGGACGAAUUCCGGACGCUUAUUGCCCCAGCGCUGCAGCGAUCGAUGCUGCGCUCGGCUGAAGUCAUCCUGCGGGCGGUCGGUGCAAUAGUGAACGAGCUCGAGCUGGACAUUAGCGACUAUGCGCUUGAUCUCGGCAAACCCCUUGUACAGAACCUGGCCUCGAAAGAGGAAACGGUACGGCAGGAGGCGGUCGAGUCGUUAAAACAGGUGGCACUCAAAUGCAGUUCCGCGGCUGCACUCGAAGCAUUGCUCAAGGAAGUGUUUGCAGUGCUAAAUGGGUCCGGUGGAAAGAUAACGGUCGCCGAACUGAGGAUAAAUUUGCUCCAGGGUGCCGGUAAUCUAAGUUACAACAAAAUCCCCGCUGAUAAGAUACAAACCAUACUGCCGUCUGCGUGCGAUCACUUCACGAAGGUGAUCGAGUCGGAGAUACAGGAGAAGGUGGUGUGCCACGCGCUGGAAAUGUUUGGCCUCUGGACGGUCAACUAUCGCGGCGAGAUACCACCGAAAAUUGUGCAGCUCUUCAAGAAGGGCCUCGAAGCGAAAGCCCAGCCGAUCCGCACCAGCUACCUGCAGUGGUUCCUCUCGUGUCUGUACCACGGGCGACUACCGAGUGGCAGCGAUUUCUCGGCCCCGCUCUCGAAGAUCGUCGAACGGGCUGCCCAAAAUCCCACCCAGACGCCGCUCGUUUCGGAAGGCGUCGGAGCAGCCUGCAUCGUGUUACUCACCAACCGGACGGUGGACGAGAAGCUGAAGGACUUUUGGCACGUCGUGCUCGACAUGGGCCGGCAAGUGUUUCUGGGCGAAAAGUUUCUGGCCACCACGAACGGCGAAACGCUCUGCUACGUGAUGGUGAUUUGCGAGCAGCUCCUACUGCAUCACCGUUCCGAGUUAAAGGGUGGUGGUUCGACCCAUCCGUUAUUUCGGGCCGCGAUCGUUUGUCUGAUGUCACCGCUUCGUAAGGUGCGUCAGCACUGCCUGCCGUUGGCCCGCCGGAUGGUGAACAGUGAGGAUGGAGUGUCGCUGGCCAGAAGUCUGCUGGCGGAGCUAACCCGAUACGCUGAGGCGGUCAAGAUACUGAACGAGGGCGACCCGAAUGAGGAUGGUGUGGCACCAGCACAGGCCCUGGUCGAUGCGAUUUGGGACAUCUGCGACAUUGAGCUGUUGGCCAGUGCGAACGCACAGUCGGUUGCACUGAGCGCGAUGCUUUGCUCGCACCAUCCGGCAGCGUGCUCGGUACGGGGUGACCUCUGGGAAAGCAUCCUGGCUCGGUACAAGCUAGACGGGAAACAGUUUAUCGCCCUCAACACUGCCCAGAUCGGCGAGGCUUUUUUCAACGGCUACAAAGCGACACCGAUGUACGAGAGCACGCUGGCGACGUUGUCUCGCAUUAGCCCGGAACUGAUCCUGCCGGUGCUGGUGAAGAACGUGACCGACCAGCUGAACAAUUCGCGCAUGUCCAACGUGACGGAUGAGGAAUAUUUCACGUACCUCAUGCCAGACGACGAGCUGUACGAUAAGAGCGUAUUGCCGAGCUCGGAUGAGCCGAUCCAAACGGCGCACCUAAAGCGCGAAAACAAGGCGUACAGCUACAAAGAGCAACUAGAGGAGCUUCAGUUGCGCCGUGAGCUGGAGGAGAAGCGUCGCAAAGAGGGUACUUGGAAACCGCCGCAACUGACCCCGAAACAGAAGGAGGCGAUCGACAAGCAGCGCGAAAAGGAGAACGCUAUCAAGACACGGCUGCGAAACCUCAGCGCGACGAUCGCGACCCUCGUGUCGCAAAUUGAAGGUGCGGCCAAAGGAACCCCGAAGCAACUGUCUCUGUUCUUCCCCUCGUUGCUACCAUCCAUUGUGCGGGUCUUUUCGUCCCCCCUGGCUGCUCCACCCAUGGUACGGCUGUACGUUCGCCUACGCGACACCUGCUUCACCGCCGAACAGGCCGAACUGGGGCGCGACAUUUCGAUCGCCACCGUGCGCAUGAGCAAACCGCACUGCGAUCUGGAGGAAGGCUGGUGCACUGCCAACAUCGUGGAGCUUGUUAGCGACAUUUUGGUGUCGCUGUACGAUGACACGAUCGAUAUGUACAACGUGCACCGUGAGGAGGACGGCGCGAAGGGUUACCUCCUGAAUGCGCCCACCUUCAGCUACACGUUCGAGUUCCUGAAGCGCGCUCUAACGUUACCGGAAGCGGCCCGGGAUGAAAGUUUGCUCAUCAACGGUAUCCAGAUCGUUGCCUAUCAUGCGCAGAUUCGGGGCGAUACGGUCGAUGGGAAGGACUUCACCGAUCUGUACCAUCCGGUGUAUAUGCCGCGGCUCGAGAUGGUCCGAUUGCUGUUGCGUCUAACGCAGCAGCACCGUGGACGCGUCCAAACGCAAGCGGUUGCUGCACUGCUGGAUGUGGCCGAAAGUAGCUCGGGGCGCGAGUACACGGCUCGGGCGGAUCAGCGGGAGAUUGAGGCGCUGCUGACGGCGCUCCAGGAUGAGCUGGACGCGGUGCGCGACGUGGCCCUGCGUGCCCUGGCCAUCAUGAUCGAUGUGCUGCCGUCAAUCGCGGACGACUAUGAGCAAGGGUUGCGGCUGCUGCGGCGCCUGUGGGUGGCCAAGCACGACGUGUCGCUCGACACGAAGCUGCUGGCUGAGAACGUGUGGCAGGACGGUAACUAUGAGCUGCCGAUGGUGAUGGCCGACGAGCUGAUGAAGGACAUCGUCCACCCGGAACUGUGCAUCCAACGAGCGGCCGCGGCGUCGCUGGUGUCCAUUCUGCUCGAGGACGCCACGGCGGUGGACGGCGUACAGGAGCAGCUGCUCGAGAUUUACCGCGAGAAGCUGACGAUGAUACCGGCACGGUUGGAUCAGUUCGAUCGCGAAAUUGAACCGGCGAUCGAUCCAUGGGGUCCACGGCGGGGCGUAGCGAUCGCCUUCUGCCACAUCGCACCCUUUCUGACGCAACCACUCGUGAAGAGUUUGAUCGAGUUUAUGGUCCGCUCGGGGUUGCGCGAUCGUGAGGAGAUCGUACACAAGGAGAUGCUGGCUGCGUCGCUGGCGAUCGUGGAGCACCACGGGAAGGAAAGUGUCGCCUAUCUGCUGCCCACGUUCGAGCAGUUCCUCGACAAAGCACCGAGUCACAGCUCGUACGACAACAUUCGCCAGGCGGUGGUCAUUCUGAUGGGAUCGCUUGCGCGCCAUCUGGAUCGGGAGGAUCCACGCAUUAAGCCGAUCAUCGAUCGGUUGCUGGCAGCACUCGCCACACCGUCGCAGCAGGUACAGGAAGCGGUGGCCAACUGCAUACCGCACCUGAUCCCCUCGGUGAAGGAGGAGGCCCCGGCCAUGGUGAAGAAACUGAUGCAGCAGUUGGUGAAGUCGGAAAAGUACGGCGUCCGACGGGGGGCCGCUUACGGGAUCGCCGGCAUCGUGAAGGGACUCGGCAUUCUGUCGCUCAAACAGCUCGACAUCAUGUCCAAGCUGACGAACAACAUUCAGGACAAGAAGAACUACAGGUGCCGCGAGGGGGCUCUGUUUGCGUUCGAGAUGCUCUGCAGCACACUGGGGCGCCUGUUCGAGCCGUACAUCGUGCACGUGUUGCCCCAUUUGCUGCAGUGCUUUGGCGACUCGUCCUCGUACGUGCGCGAGGCCGCCGAUGAGUGUGCCAAAACGGUGAUGGCCAAGCUGUCGGCGCACGGCGUCAAGCUCGUGCUGCCUUCGCUGCUGAACGCACUGGAUGAGGACUCGUGGCGCACGAAGACCGCGUCGGUGGAGCUGCUUGGCGCGAUGGCGUUCUGUGCCCCGAAGCAGCUGUCCUCCUGCCUGCCGAGCAUCGUGCCGAAACUGAUGGAGGUCCUGGGCGACUCGCACAUCAAGGUGCAGGAAGCGGGCGCCGAUGCGCUGCGCGUGAUUGGCAGCGUGAUUAAGAACCCGGAAAUCCAGGCGAUCGUGCCGGUGCUGCUGAAGGCACUCGAGGAUCCGUCGGGCAAAACGUCGGCCUGCCUGCAGUCCCUGCUGGAGACAAAGUUCGUUCACUUUAUCGAUGCGCCCUCGCUCGCCCUAAUCAUGCCGGUGGUGCAGCGCGCGUUCAUGGACCGAUCGACAGAGACGCGCAAAAUGGCGGCCCAGAUCAUCGGCAACAUGUACUCGCUGACGGACCAAAAAGACCUUACGCCAUACCUGCCCAACAUCAUUCCCGGGCUGAAGACGUCGCUGCUCGAUCCGGUGCCGGAAGUACGUGCCGUUUCCGCCCGGGCCCUCGGGGCGAUGGUGCGCGGAAUGGGCGAAUCCUCGUUCGACGAUCUGCUUCCGUGGCUGAUGCAAACCCUCACCUCGGAGUCGAGCAGCGUGGAUCGGUCCGGUGCCGCGCAGGGUCUCUCGGAGGUGGUCGGAGGGCUCGGGGUUGAGAAGCUGCACAAACUGAUGCCGGAAAUCAUUACCACGGCCGAACGCACGGACAUUGCGCCGCACGUCAAGGACGGUUACAUCAUGAUGUUCAUUUACAUGCCGUCGGCCUUCCCGAACGACUUUACACCGUACAUCGGGCAGAUUAUUAACCCGAUCCUGAAGGCGCUGGCUGACGAGAACGAGUACGUGCGAGACACGGCCCUGAAGGCGGGCCAGCGGAUCGUCAAUCUGUACGCGGAGUCGGCGAUCGCCCUGUUGCUGCCGGAGUUGGAGAAGGGACUGUUCGAUGAUAACUGGCGCAUCCGGUACAGCUCGGUGCAGCUGCUCGGUGAUCUGCUGUACAAGAUUUCGGGCGUGUCGGGUAAGAUGACGACGCAGACGGCUUCGGAGGACGAUAACUUUGGCACGGAGCAGAGCCACAAGGCGAUCAUACGCAGUCUCGGUGCCGAUCGACGCAACCGCGUGCUCGCAGGACUGUACAUGGGCCGCAGCGAUGUGUCGCUGAUGGUGCGCCAGGCAGCCCUGCACGUGUGGAAGGUCGUGGUCACGAACACGCCACGUACGUUGCGCGAAAUUCUGCCAACGCUGUUCUCGCUGCUGCUCGGGUGUUUGGCCAGCACGAGCUACGACAAGCGCCAGGUGGCAGCCCGCACGCUCGGCGAUUUGGUGCGUAAACUGGGCGAACGCGUUCUUCCGGAGAUCAUUCCGAUUCUCGAGCGGGGUCUCAACUCGGACCAGGCCGAUCAGCGGCAGGGCGUUUGCAUUGGGCUGUCGGAAAUUAUGGCAUCCACGUCGCGCGAUAUGGUGCUUACCUUCGUGAACAGCCUGGUGCCGACGGUGCGCAAAGCACUGGCAGAUCCGCUCCCGGAAGUACGGCAGGCGGCCGCUAAGACGUUCGAUUCCCUGCACACGACGGUCGGGUCGCGGGCCCUGGAGGACAUUCUGCCGUCGAUGCUGGAGAGCCUGUCCGACCCGGAUCCGGAUGUGGCCGAGUGGACACUGGACGGGUUGCGGCAAGUGAUGGCGAUCAAGUCACGGGUGGUACUACCGUACUUGAUUCCGCAGCUCACGGCCACACCGGUCAACACGAAGGCACUCUCGAUCCUGGCCUCGGUGGCGGGUGAAGCGUUGACCAAGUACCUGCCGAAGAUUCUGCCCGCGCUCAUGUCGGCACUGGCCGCUGCACAAGGCACCCCGGAAGAGGUGCUCGAGCUAGAGUACUGCCAGGCCGUGAUCCUGUCCGUCAGCGACGAGGUGGGCAUCCGCACCAUCAUGGACACGGUGAUGGAGUCUACCAAGUCGGACAACGCGGAAACCCGGAAAGCGGCCGCCACGCUGCUGUGUGCCUUCUGCACGCACUCGCCCGGCGACUACUCUCAGUACGUGCCCCAGUUGUUCCGCGGGCUGCUCCGCCUGCUAGCCGAUUCCGAUCGUGACGUGUUGCAGCGCUCCUGGGACGCCCUGAACGCGGUCACGAAGACGCUCGACUCGGCACAGCAAAUUGCACACGUAACGGAUGUGCGGCAGGCGGUCAAAUUCGCCAGCAGCGACCUGCCGAAGGGAAGCGAACUGCCCGGCUUUUGUCUGCCGAAGGGUAUCACGCCCCUGUUGCCGGUGUUCCGUGAAGCGAUCCUCAACGGCCUGCCGGAGGAGAAGGAGAAUGCGGCCCAGGGCCUGGGUGAGGUGAUCCAGCUGACCUCUCCGAGCUCCCUGCAACCGUCGGUCGUCCACAUCACCGGACCGCUGAUUCGUAUCCUGGGCGAUCGGUUCAAUGCCGGCGUCAAGGCGUCCGUUCUCGAGACGCUCGCCAUAUUGCUGCACAAAGUGGGCAUCAUGUUGAAACAGUUCCUGCCGCAGUUACAGACCACCUUCCUGAAGGCGCUGCACGAUCCGAGCCGUACGGUGCGCAUCAAGGCCGGUCACGCACUGGCCGAGCUCAUCCUGAUCCACACCCGACCCGAUCCGCUGUUCAUGGAGAUGCACAACGGGGUGCGGAAUGCGGACGAUGCCACCGUGCGUGAGACGAUGCUGCAGGCGUUGCGCGGAAUCCUAACACCGGCCGGCGACAAGAUGACGGAACCGUUGCGCAAACAGAUCUACGCCACACUCGCCGGGCUGUUGGGCCACCCGGAGGAUGUUAGCCGUGCAGCGGCAGCCGGCUGCUUUGGGGCCCUUUGUCGAUGGCUGUCGGCCGACCAACUGGAUGACGCACUCGGGUCACACCUGCUGAACGAGGACUACGGUGAUGACGCGACACUCCGCCAUGGCCGCACUGCGGCCCUGUUCGUGGCUUUGAAAGAACACCCGGCCGCGAUCGUUACCGGGCGGUACGAGGCAAAGAUCGCUAAAGUGAUCACAGGGGCGAUCGCUUGCGAUAAGGUCCCAGUCGCCCAGAACGGUGUCCGAGCGGCCGGCUACCUGCUACAGUACGGCAUGAUGGUCGGAGCCGAGCAGGGCGUGCGGCUACCGACGGCCGUGAUCGGUCCGUUCGUCAAGUCGAUGAAUCACAGCAGCCACGAGGUGAAGCAACUGCUGGCCAAAACAUGCACCUACCUGGCACGGGUCGUCCCGGCAGAGCGGACCGCACCCGAGUAUCUGAAGCUCGCCAUUCCGAUGCUGGUCAACGGGACGAAGGAGAAGAACGGUUACGUGAAAUCGAACUCGGAGAUUGCGCUCGUGCAUGUGCUCCGGUUGCGCAACGGCGAGGAGUUCCACCAGCGCUGCCUGACCCUGCUCGAACCGGGCGCACGUGAAUCGCUCAGCGAAGUCGUAAGCCGGGCGCUACGGAAGGUCGCCCUGCAACCGGUCGGCAAAGACGAGGAGCUAGACGAUACGAUCCUCUCGUGAUCGCGUCGUCGACCGACGGUACGACGAUGGAAACACAGUGACGAUCGACGAAGAGGGUCCGCCACGCCACUCGAGCUCUUUGUCGGACACUAUCAUACCAUUCGGAUUUAUACUAUCUUACAUGUAACCAGAAGCUACUG